UAGUGAAAGUUACGAAACUGAAGAAAUGUCUUCUAAGGAAACAUUGAGUGUUGAAGGAAGCGAGGAAGUGACGGUUUUGGAAUACGGUAAUGAGGGUAUAGAGAAUGGGUCGUCUAGGUUGAGAGAACUAAGGGUGAGGCGUUAUAAUGUAAAGGCAGACAUUGUCUUUGAAGUAAAGGGGUAUGAAACUGAGUUGGGUACAAGGGAUGGCCUUGUUUAUUUAGUUGAAACUUAUGACCUUCCUCCCCAAGUGUUAAUUAGCCCUGCUAGGGAGAAGGAGAAGGCAUGCUCGGCACCUCGGGAUCAUUGGAUGCCUAUGUCAGAUGCCAUAGAGGCCACUAAGCUCUAUGGGCCAAGUUUGUUGAGUGAAGAUGUGUUUGCAUUUUACUUUGGGAAGAGAUGGAAAGAAAGGGAGCAGAUCUCCAGUUCCUCAGCUCAACCUCCUAUUAAUGAGCCAAGGCUAGAGCUUAAACACAAAGGAAGUGAAGACUUGGAGCCGACUCAAAGGAAAAAGAAGAGAGUAGAGGAGAUAGAGGUGAGAGGAGACGAGGUGGUGGAGUUCGUACCUCGGCCUCCUCCUAUCGAGCUUGAUCCAGAACUCAAAGAGAUUGGGGUUGUGACCCAUGGCAAGGGCAAGGCUCUCGUACCUCCUCUUACUCUGCAGAACAAUAUUUUUGAUACAAAGAGUAGUAUGGAGGCGAAAAACUUUCUAAAUGCAUAUCUUCUUGAAAUGGAUCGUCGCCAAGCAAGGGAGGAGGUUUUGAGUAAUGGGGGAAGUUCAGUUGUUAAGCAUGCUUUGGAGCAAAAGAGGAAAAUACAUGAAGAUAAGAUCGAAGCUCAGGAAAAGGAAAGAAAAAAGAUGAAAGAAUCUCAAGCCAAACUCAAGAAGAAUGUAAAGCUAUUGGUACACAUUGCAAUGGAGGAGCACAUUGUAGAGUUUCUGAACUCCAGUACCUUUGACAACAUUGUCAAUCUGUACCAUCUGCCGAUUGCAAUCUUAGCAUUCACAGAUUGUAGGAAGAAGGUGAAAGCUCAAUAUCCCAAAGUGGAUGUAAUGAGAAUAACCUUUGGAGAGCAAAAGGAAGGAGUGGAGGAGAAUGGUAAAAGCAUGUCAACUGACUUCCAACCUCAAAUUAAGCUGAGAUGGGAUCGCACCAUUUUCCCGUCGAACUUCGACUUCAAGUUCAUCGUAGUGGAAGAAGGGAAUGCAGAGGUAGAAGGUGCAGAGGUGGAAGAGAGCCAAGCACCUCAUCCAGUGGAGAUCCAUCUAGUUCCUUCGGAGGAAGACCAGCCAGCUCCCCCAGUAGAAGAUCAACCACCUCUUCCAGCAGAGUAGCGAGGCUUUUAUUUUUUAAUUUUUAUUUUACUGUAAAGUUUGAACAAUUUGUUUUCUUGAUUUUGAACAGUUAUGUAAUCAUUUCAUUUGUUAAUUUAACUAAGUGUUGAGAAUUUAUUUUAACUAUUUGCUAUGUUGGUGUUAAGUAAGGGUUGAAAUGAAUGAAAACACUUCAA